AUGAAACUCCUCCCGCUCCUAGUGGGUUUUUCCACUUUGCUGAAUUGUUCCUACACUCAGAACUGCACCAAGACACCUUGUCUUCCAAAUGCAAAAUGUGAAAUACGAAAUGGAAUUGAAGCCUGUUACUGCAACAUGGGAUUUUCAGGAAAUGGUGUCACAAUUUGUGAAGAUGAUAAUGAGUGUGGAAAUUUGACCCAGUCCUGUGGUGAAAAUGCCAACUGCACUAACACAGAGGGAAGUUACUACUGUAUGUGUGCACCUGGUUUCAGAUCCAGCAGUAACCAGGACAGGUUUAUCACAAAUGAUGGAACCCUCUGCAUAGAAAAUGUGAGUGCAGACUGCCAUCUAGAUAAUGCCUGUAUUGCUGCAAGUAUUGAUAAGAUGUUAACAAAAAUUAGACACAUAAAAGAACCUGUGGCUCUACUACAAGAAGUCUAUAGAAAUUCUGUGAAAGAUCUUUCACCGAUGGAUAUAAUUACAUAUAUAGAAAUAUUAGCUGAAUCAUCCCCAUUACUGGGUGACAUGAAUAGCACUAAUUCAACCAAGGACACUCCUUCUAAUUCAACUCUUACUGAAUUUGUAAAAACUGUGAAUAAUUUUGUUCAAAAGGACACAUUUAUCGUUUGGGACAAGUUACCUACGAAUCGUAGAAGAACUCAUCUUACAAAACUGAUGCAUGCUACUGAACAGGCUACCUUAAGGAUAGCUCAGAACUUCCAAAAGACCACUCAGUUCGAUACUAAUUCAAGUGAUAUAGCUCUCAAAGCUUUCUGUUUUGAUUCAAAUCACAUGAAAUAUAUUCAUCCCCAUAUGAAUGUGGAUGGAGAUUAUAUAAAGAUAUUUCCAAAGAGAAAAGCUGCAUAUGAUUCAUAUGGCAACGUUGCAGUUACAUUUUUAUAUUAUAAGAGUAUUGGUCCCUUGUUUUCAUCAUCUGACAACUUCUUAUUGGAACCUCAAAGUUAUGAUAAUUCUGAAGAGGAAGAAAGAGUUGUUUCUUCAGUGAUUUCAGUCUCUAUUAGCUCGAACCCACCCACACUGUAUGAACUUGAACAAAUAACAUUUACAUUAAGUCACAUAAAGACCACAGAUAAGUAUAGGAGUCAGUGUGCAUUUUGGAACUACUCACCUGACACCAUGAAUGGCAGCUGGUCUUCAGUGGGUUGUGAGCUGACAUACUCAAAUGAGACCCAUACCUCAUGCCGCUGUAACCACCUGACACAUUUUGCAAUUUUGAUGUCUUCUGGUCCUUCCAUUGGUAUUAAAGAUUAUAAUAUUCUUACAAGGAUCACUCAACUAGGAAUAAUUAUUUCACUGAUUUGCCUUGCCAUAUGCAUUUUUACCUUCUGGUUCUUCAGUGAAAUUCAAAGCACCAGAACGACCAUUCACAAAAAUCUCUGCUGUAACCUAUUCCUUGCUGAACUUGUUUUUCUGGUUGGGAUCAAUACAAAUACUAAUAAGCUCUUCUGUUCAAUCAUUGCUGGGCUGCUGCAUUAUUUCUUUUUAGCUGCCUUUGCAUGGAUGUGCAUUGAAGGCAUACACCUCUAUCUCAUUGUUGUGGGUGUCAUCUACAACAAGGGAUUUUUGCACAAGAAUUUUUAUAUCUUUGGCUAUCUCAGCCCAGCUGUGGUAGUUGGAUUUUCAGCAUCGCUAGGAUAUAGAUAUUAUGGCACCACUAAAGUAUGUUGGCUUAGCACAGAAAACAACUUUAUUUGGAGUUUUAUAGGACCAGCAUGUCUAAUCAUUCUUGUUAAUCUCUUGGCUUUUGGAUUUAUCAUAUACAAAGUUUUUCGUCACACUGCAGGGUUGAAACCAGAAGUUAGUUGCUAUGAGAACAUAAGGUCUUGUGCCAGAGGAGCCCUUGCUCUCCUGUUCCUUCUCGGCACCACCUGGAUCUUUGGGGUUCUCCAUGUCGUGCACGCAUCAGUGGUAACAGCUUACCUCUUCACUGUCAGCAAUGCUUUCCAGGGGAUGUUCAUCUUCUUAUUCCUGUGUGUCUUAUCUAGAAAAAUCCAAGAAGAAUAUUAUAGAUUGUUCAAAAAUGUCCCUUGUUGCUUUGGAUGUUUAAGGUAA